CACAGCGACGUGGAGAUGGCCGUCUGGGACGCCGAGAGGCACCACGGCUUGGUUCGCUCCGACCUGCUGCCGGCCGCGGGGACCUGCAGCACCAACGGCGAGCUGGCGGCACCUGCGCCGGUGCACUUCUACUGCCGGGUCUGCCUGGUGACCUUCAGCUCGCAGGAGAGCUUCGAGAGCCACUGCUCCUCCGUUGAGCACAAGCAGAUGCUUUCGGCCGACACCUCUGUCCAGUGGGUCCACCGCGCGCCGCCGCUCGGGCUGACCAAGUUCUCGCUGUGCAGCAGAGCGGAGGUGUGCGAAAUGGGGAACAGCUGCACCAAGGCUCAUUCCGCCGAGGAGCUGCAGGAGUGGAUCCAGAGGGUGAAGGUUGCUGUGAAGAAAAAGAAGCAAGCACUGAAGGAAGGGCUUUUAUCCUACCAGGACCGGCUCAUCGCUGAGUAUCGGACGUGCUCCAACGAGGUGUUGAUUAUGGCUGAGCACGUCGAGGGCGUCAGAGUUGUGUGUGAGCAGCCCCUGGACGUGCAGUCAGAGGACAGGAGGAUGAAAUACCAGUGGAAGUUCAGGGUCCACUCCCAGAUGCCUCUGCAGCACGUGGCGCUACUGAAGCGGGAACCUGGAGUCAACUUCUACCUCUCAGGGAAUGGGCUUUCCCGGGGCCUCCACUACAUUCGGGGGGAGCACGUGGCCACCCUGCCUUCUUCCCCACCCACCGCGCUGGUGGAGGUCUGCAUGGAGUGCUGCACGCUGGGCAUCUUCGAGCAGUGGGUGGUGUUCGACUUCGGCAGACGCCCCGUCCUCAUGCAGAAGAUCAAGGUGAAGGUGGGCCGGCGCGAGACUCCCCAGCACGUCCCCGGCAGCAGGGACAGCAGCCGCCCCGUCAACUUUGUGCGAUGGGAUAGAGGUAACCGGAUCAUCAUUCCCAGUGUGCCAAGGACUAGUGAAGACGUGGAUCUGCUGGCCAAGUACAAACCUCCUGCUCUCGCGCUGGACUACCAGCGCGAGGGUGGUGCGACCGUUCCCAUCACCCGUCUCAACUAUCGUGAGAGGAUGCACAGCUUCCUCUUCCGCGAGGAAGAAGCUGAACAGGCUCUGAUUGCCAAACUCAACCUGCGGGUCCUCAUCUUGCUGACCCCCAUGCUGCAAAGCCUCUCCAUGGGGAUGAAGUUUGCCCUCUCUGGUGAGCUGUUUGCUGAAGUGCCUACCCCUUACAACCUCUCGUCGGACACAGACGAGGGGUAUCUGCUGAGCAGGUCUGUGCCCACUGCUUUCCUGGCACUUGACCCACCUGUAGACAAUCGAGUUUACGAGGUUAUUGUGGAGCAUAAAGCCACCACGGAGAAGACCAUCUGGCUACAGAUACCAAAGAGAUGCUGCUCAGAGCUGAACUUCAAGCCAAACACCUCCCACAAGGUGGAGAUCCAGUUCCAAAUCGACCAGCUGCUGUUCCGGCAGUGGCACCAGGCUGUGGACCGCCUCUUGGAUGAGAAGCUGGUCCUACCAGAUGUCGCCAGUUGCUCUGUCCCCUACUCUCUUGGGUCACCACAGAAAGGGAAUAUCAAGCAGAAAUCAGCCAUCUCCUUCAUCACAGGCCAGGCAACCAGCAGCCGGCAGGUCCCCCCUCUUCUCAUCUACGGGCCGUUCGGCACAGGGAAGACAUUCACCUUGGCCAUGGCCACCAUAGAGAUCCUCAGGCAGCCCACUGCGCGGGUGCUGAUCUGCACUCACACUAACAGUGCUGCUGACAUCUACAUCCGGGAGUAUUUCCAUAACUACGUGACCAACGGGCAUCCGUGGGCUGUUCCCUUGAGGAUUAUAUCCACUGACCGUCCCAUCAACAUGACGGACCCCAUCACUCAGAAUUACUGCUGCCUCUCGCCAGACCAGCGCUCCUUCCGGCACCCCACACAGGCGGAGAUCAACAGGCACCGCAUCAUUAUUACCACCUCCAUGUUGUCCAAGAACUUGAAGGUUGCCCCAGGCUACUUCACCCACAUCAUGAUCGACGAGGCUGCUCAGAUGCUGGAGUGUGAAGCUUUGGUUCCACUCUCCUACGCCACUUUUGAGACCCGGAUUGUCCUCGCUGGGGACCACAUGCAGAUAACCCCAAAGCUGUUCUGUGUUGGGGAUGGACAAUCUGCUGAUCACACCCUGUUAAACCGACUCUUUCAGUUUUACCAGAAAGAGAGGCAUGAAGUGGCCAUGAAGAGCAGGAUCAUCUUCAAUGAGAAUUAUCGUUCCACUGCAGGCAUAAUUGAGUUUGUCUCCAAGCACUUCUACGUUGGCAAAGGCAAUGCUAUCCAAGCCAGUGGGAACAUCCCACCCCAUCCGGAAAUCUACCCACUCAUGUUCUGCCACGUGUCUGGCGUGGCUGAAAGGGAUAUGUCCGUGAUUUCUUGGCACAACGCCUCCGAGAUAAUACAAGUGAUUGAGAAAGUGACGGAGAUCUAUCAGAGGUGGCCAGAUGAGUGGGGUGCCCAAGAUCUGAAGAGGAUCUGUGUGGUGUCCCAUGGGAUGCAGGUUUCUGCAAUAAGACAAGAGCUGAGGAAAAAGCAGCUACAAGAUGUGGUAGUAGAAAACUAUGAAAACUUGCCAGGGCGGGAGUUCCGGGUCAUCGUCAUCAGCACGGUCCACACCAGUGAGAGCCUGCGCGUCUCGGCCUCCUACCACCUUGAGUUCUUCAACGAAGCCAGAGUGCUCAACACCAUCAUGACCCGGGCUCAGUCGCUGGUUAUUGCGGUGGGGGAUGCCGUGGCCUUGUGCUCCCAUGGCCAGUGCAGCAAGGUUUGGAAGCGCUUCAUCCAGCAGUGCAUCGAGAAGGGGAGCAUCUUCCCGGAGAACCUGACAAUGGCCCAGAUCAAACAGGCUGCAUGCGACAAGGAGAGCUGGAACAGGAGGAGCCCGGAGGGGGACGAGGAGGACAGCGACACGGAUUCCUGGAGCUCUGAGGCUGAGAGCAUGAAUCCGGAUGAUCCCAUACUCCAGGAGCUCUUAGAUGAGAGCAAGAACGUACUGGUGACGGUGUCCGAAGAAGGGCUGCUGAACGUGAAGUCCGAGUCUUCAAACCUGUGGGAAGACAGGCAGGAAUACAUCAGCUUCUCUUCUCAGAUGAUGCAGGAGUAUCUGCAUAUGAACCCCAAAAUGUACAAGAGGUGCGAGCUGGUCAAAGAAGGGUUCGACAGAGCUUCUGCCUUCACCCUCGACGACUCCCCUGUGAUGACCAUUCAGAUCAAAGGCAGAGUUCACUGUGGGACGGCCUUCACUGGGGACGAGGUGCUCGUGCAAAUCCUGCAGAGCGGCACAGCUGACAGCGGCAACCACCGCGCUCAGGGGAAGGUGGUGGGCAUAUUAAAGCGCGCGGAGAGAGAACGGACCUUCAUCUGCAUGAUGGAUGAAUUUGAUCCCCGGGUGAUGAUACCCAUUGAUCCCACUGUCACCAAAAUAUUCGUCCCAGGGCUGAAGGAGAAACCCAAUGUCAUUCCUAUCCGCAGGCUUGUCAAUGGGAAGUACAGAGUGGUGAGCUGCGAGAAGAUUAGCCAGGAGACGAGGAGAUGCCAGUUCUUCUGCGUCCGGGUUAUCUCCUGGCGGGAAGGAUUCUACUACCCUUUGGGGAUAAUAACGGAGAUUCUGCGUGCGGCAUUGACUUUGGAAGAAGGCUUAAAGAUCCUUGACUUGGAGUACGGUUUGGAGAAGAAAUACCCAGCUGCUGUCACUAAGGAGUCAGCCAAAUACACCUCCAGCAGCAAACUAAACCUCACCAAGGAAAAUCUGAAGGACUGUCGCAGUUACCCGACCUUCACUGUCGACCCCCAAGGUGCCAGGGAUUUGGACGACGCUGUCAGCAUUAGGGAUCUUGGGCGUCACUAUGAGAUUGGGAUCCACAUUGCAGAUGUGGCUGGCAUAAUUCCCAAAGGCAGUGCCUUGGACGUGGAAGCAAAGAAGCGGGGUGUCACCUACUAUGCUCCCAACCAGGAGCCGCUGUGCAUGUUCCCACCCCACAUUAGCCAAGACGUCUGCAGCCUUCUGCCACAGAAAGACCGUCGGGUGAUCUCCUUGUUUGUCACUGUAGAAAAGGAGACUGAUGAGAUGUUAAAGCGAGUCUUCACCAUCUCUGUGAUCCACUCGGACAGGCAGCUGUCCUACGAAGAGGCAGAGCUCUGCAUUAAGGACCGCUACAGGAGAGGGGCAGGGGCCCUUCGUUUCGAUACCCUGGAGGACUGCAUAGCUGUGGCUUAUCACUUUUCCAGGAUCCAUCGGAAGUUUCGGCUGCAGGAGGACUGUUUCUAUGACCAGCUGGAUGAGGAAAGCUCCCCAGGUAACAGGGGGUCCCAUCAGAUGAUAGAGGAGUUAAUGAUCAUGUUCAACAGUUCUGUGGCCAAGUUCCUCACCAACCAGGAGGACACCAGAAAUGUCACUCCUCUCCGGUGCCAGUGCGAGCCAAGCCCUCAACAGUUAUCAGUCAUGAAAAAUAAGUACAGCCACAUCCUUCCUUUGUCCAUCCAUCUCUCACACCACCUGGGAGAGGUGCCUCCUGACCACUCCUCUAAAAAUGCGGAGUUCAGCCUCCUGGCCCCCAUCUGGGAGCAGCUGCAGUCAGCUGCUAAUGUCUGUGACUUCCACAAGAUGCUAGACCUUAUCGUUACUGAUGACAUCCACCCGAAGCUGGCCCCCGUGGCCCUGGAGUUCAGGAGACUGCUCAGCCGCUCCUAUUUCAGUCGCUCCAACUCCAGUGUCCAGCCGAAAGUGGGCCAUUACUCCCUGCGUGUUGACUCGUACACGUGGGCUUCCUCUCCCAUCCGCCGGUACAUGGAUGUCGUGGUCCAGCGACACCUUCAUUCUGUGCUACGCAAGAAGCCCGUUGUCUAUUCUUCGGAUGACAUUGAGUUUCUCUGUCAUGACUUCAACAGGAAGAAUUCCCAGGUGGCGAUGUAUGAGAAGAGAGCCCGCUGCCUGCAGAUGGCCACCCAGCUGAAGGGCCAAGUCCUGCAGAAGGUCGCCUUUGUAGUGGAUAUCGAAGGGAUGAACAAGUAUUUUAAAGCCCUGUUUCCACUGAACAAAGAGAGUCUUCCCGAUCCCCACUUAAUUAACUACAGGUCUCUUCAGCUGAUAGAGCAGCCCGUGUUCAUCCAGCAGCGGAGCAGCAUCAGGCUGACGUGGAAGAGGAGGGUGUACUCUGUGGAGACAAAGAAGGAGCACAGCCUACAGGAAGGACCUCUCCGCGACCGCAGCGUCACCCUCUUCAGCACCCAGACUUGGCAAAAUGUGCUCGCAGCCGUCAGGAGAGAGGAGUUUGAGACCGCGGCCUCCCUCCUUCGGAAGAGCAAGGACCUGUACCAGCGGCACAUGGGCUGGGUAAGGAAGAGCCAGUGCUCGCACUACAUGGAGCUCUCCCUGGAGCUGAGCGCCGGCGAUGUGCUGCAGUUCCAGCUCACCACGGACGUCUGUCGGGGCUUCCUGGUGCCCUUCGUGCAGCUGUGGUGCGUGACACCGGGUUUCGACGUCUGCCUGCAGCACACGGAAAAGCCUAUUGAUUGCUUCUCUGCCUACGCCACCCUGCCAUCCAAAGACAAGUACAAGCACACAACGGAGUAUAAAAAGGUAUGGAUGCCGAUGAGCGCCAUGGAGUCCGCUUCGUGUGCAGUGGCCGAAAACGACUCGAUUGUCCUCCAUGAGGUCAAAAUAACUUGGGCAAAGCAAAGGACAAGCAAAGGACAGCUGCAAGGGAGCUUCGUCCUAAACAAAAAAUUUUUGGAGGAGUGCUCCAUUGAAGUGGACUUCAGCCACUGUUACUUGUGCAUUCGCUUAUGUGGGCUGAAGCUUGGGAGCCUUCAAAGCGAUGAGGAAUGCCUUAGCCACGGCCUCCAGAAUCUGACUUUUCUUAACAAGGGCAGGUCAGAAAGCAAACUUGUGGUUGAUCCAGAUACCUACACCUGGGUGGCUCACGGGGUCACUGAAGAGUUCAGUGACGACGAGAAGUCAGACAGGACUAGCCAGCAGACUAUGAACUUUUACAUCCACUAUAUGUCUAUGGAGAACAUCCCCGUGGAAAUCUCACAGGACUCUGCCAGGUUCACGGUGGAGCUCAUACCAAAGAUGCUGCCAGACAUACGGAAAGAAAAGGCAAUUUGGAGGCUCAAGCAUGCCUCAGAGCUUGCUAAAAGCAUCGCCCUCGGCCAUGAACCUCCUAAAAAAGUGACAAUGUCCAAAAUCCUGCAGCAAAAAUCCUUUGAACUCCCUAGAAGCCACAGGAAGCUCAACCAGAGUCAGAACCAGGCUAUUCUAAAUGCUCUGAAAAAAUCCUUCACGCUCAUCCAAGGCCCACCAGGCACAGGGAAAACUGUUGUUGGAACUCACAUUGUCUACUGGUUCCAUAAGCUGAAUGAGGAGAGCAUCCAGAAGGAGCAAACACCAUCCUCUGAAGAAAAGCACAAGAAGAGAAAGUGCAUCUUGUACUGUGGCCCAUCCAACAAGUCUGUUGAUGUUGUUGCUGAGAUGCUGCUGAAGAUAAAGAACCUGAAGCCACUGAGGGUUUAUGGCGAGGCCAUUGAGACGAUGGAAUACCCGUACCCGGGGAGCAACCGGCACCUCUACCGCAAAGCCUUGCGGGAUGCAAAACCAAAGCGUGAGCUCAGCGAAAUAAUCCUGCAUCAUCGCAUCCGGCGGCCGCCCAACCCUUUCUGGCAGGAGAUCUGUAACUUUGACGCUCAGGUGAAGAGAGGAGAGCAGAUAACAGAAGAAGAAAUAAGGAAGUACAAAAAUCAGUUGUCAGCUGCUCGCACUCAUGAACUGGCAGACCACGAUGUCAUCCUGUGCACGUGCUCCGCUGCAUCUGCCACCUCCCUGGAGCAGCUCAAUGUCAAGCAGAUAAUCAUUGAUGAGUGUGCUAUGUCCACGGAGCCCGAGACCCUCAUCCCUUUGGUCAGCCACCAACAUGCUGAGAAGGUUGUUUUGCUCGGGGAUCACAAACAGCUGCGGCCUGUGGUCAACAAUGACUUCUGCAAGAGUCUUGGCAUGGAGACGUCUCUCUUCGAGCGCUACCGGCAUCAGGCGUGGAUGCUGGAUACGCAGUACCGCAUGCACAAAGGCAUUUGCGAGUUCCCAUCCCGGGAGUUUUAUGAAAUGCGGCUGAAAACAUGCCCCCAGCUUCUUCGGAAAGCCAGCGUCUUCCAACAUAAGGAUAACGGCUGCUGCCCUAUCAUCUUUGGGCACGUGGAGGGGAAGGAGCAGAGCCUCAUGAUUUCUACUGAGGAAGGAAACGAGAACUCCAAAGCUAACCUAGAAGAAGCGGAGCAGGCGGUGAGGCUGGCGAAGCAGCUGACACUAGAUGGCACCAUCCAUCCGGAGAGCAUCGCCGUCCUGAGCCCCUACAACGCCCAGGUCUCCGAGAUCGGCAAGAGCCUCCUGAAGGAGGGCAUCCGCGGGGUGACCGUCUGCACCAUCAUGAAGAGUCAAGGAAGUGAGUGGCGAUACGUGAUCCUGUCAACUGUACGCUCCUGCCCCCGAUCAGAGAUUGAUAAGAAGCCCACGAAGAGCUGGCAGAAGAAGUACCUGGGGUUUGUUACCGACCCAAACCAGGUCAACGUCGGCAUCACGCGAGCUCAGGAAGGACUCUGCAUUUUAGGGAACCGGUACCUCCUGGAGUGCAACCCGUUGUGGAGGAGACUGCUUCAGCAUUACAGACAGCACAACUGCUGUACCGCAGCCCAGGGGAUUUUUGUCAGGAAGACUUCAGCCUUCCGCCGAUGAGGAUGGGUUCCACCUCGAUGAGCUCAUCCCUCUCUACCUGGACUGCGUUACGUGUGCCUUGGGAAGGAGGCAAUCUUUCCAUUAUUUAAUGACCCAUGGAGCCAAACGCGGUGGGGGAGCCAGGAUCUUCCCCGGCACGGCAACAGCUCAGCUUCAGUGCGUGCUUUGGCAUCUUGGGGUUUUUUAAUCAGUGCAACCUUGGACAGGGACUUUCAGCUCUAGCAAACCAAAAAGCAUUGGAAAUGGAUGGAUGGGCGUAUGACUUUAUUGAUGAUGACAAUAUUUUUUUAACUGUAAGAUGCUCAGCGGAGCCACCAUCCUAUCUGCCAGUGCAGCUGCGCGUCGGGGACCAAAUACUCAGUCCAUUCAUCAAGGGUGGAGUGACUGCACGCAACAGAGCCGCACGGCACGCUGCGAUUUGCCAUAGAGGACCAAAGCUUUUGAGUACUACCACUCAUUUUAAAACCAAGGCUUCUUGUUUCUCAAAGCAGAAAAACAAAUUUUUUUGUUUUGUUUUUUUGUUGGGUUUGUUUUUUAAAGUGAAGGAAGAAAGCAAAGAGAGAACCACGUACCACUCUUUGUCUAGCCAAAACGCUGUUCUCUGAGCGUGUAAAUGUCACAGAGCCAAGGCCAAGUAGAUUUUGUAAAUAGGUUUACUUAUUCUUUGUACAAAGGAGGUUGUCCUCACCGGUAUAAAGUUAAUGAAAACCGAGGACCUCUCCUACCAGGGAACAUUGGAAUUUGUAAGCGUAUUUUAAACUGUUCUGAGUUUUAUUUGAAAUCUCCUCCUGUAAGAGCCCCCCUUUCCUACCCCAUAUGGUUUUUUAAAGCUGCUUCUAAUUUAUUAACUUUUAACUCUGUGAAUUUGUUUCACAGUCUUAUGGCCUGAGUUUUUAAGAGCGGUGAUGGAAAUUUGAUAAAUGUACCACA